CAUUUCAUCAUGUCAAAAAUCAUUGCGGUGAAAGGUCCAUAGCCUACUUGGUCCACUGUGCUUGAGCUGGCUGGACUCCGCAGGGCAUCUUGGGCAGGUGGGGAAAUUGGUGCGUCAAUCACCAUAGCAACGAUAAACAGCAAGCUGCAAAGGGAGAGUCUAGUUCUAGUUCUACCAGUACAAUUUCUAAUGCUUCAGUAAUCUAGUAGGAUAGAUAAACAUCUUACGACUAUACAUUAUGCAGCAGUAAACGGUGACGGUUAGGCUACCUUAUUUUUUCAGGCGGACACGAAAUAAUUGUAGGCUACAUAUCCGCGGAGUCAUUAACGGGAACUAACAGGAAUGGCGUCAAACACAGGCUUAGACCGCAGGAAAAAUCAAAGAAGCUCUAAUUUGGACAUGAACAAGAUGUGUCCACAGCAACGAGCGCGGUGCCUGGCCUACAUGGAACCAUCUAAAGAGGCUCAGCGUUGGACGGCGCUGGCAAAGCAGAGAGUUUGCGAAACUAUUAACGUUACCAAAGAAAAGGGCCGUCAGGAUAGCAACAGCCGCCGCCCCAGUGAUGACAAGACGCGACAGGACGCACUUGUUGGUCAACUAAAGGCUGCAGAAGCUCGCAAUCGAAUUCGUCAGAAGCGAUUGAACUACCACAACUACAGGGCCCAGGAAAUUAACUUAAUGAUUUCAAGCCAGGAUACUGCUCAGAGGGCUUUGCGUGUGGAGUUGCUGCUGCCAACCAGCAAGAGCAAAAUGAAGACUAAUGACAGCUUGGACAAACUGCAGAGGCGACGGGUCGAGGAGAUCUUGGACGACGAGAGGGAGCUGACCUUAUCUCGCGAGUGAGAUGGCUGCGGAGUCCUUCAAUGUAACAUAAUGUGAUUCCCCAUUCAGCUUUCACCACAGGACACUGAUGGAAAGCUUAGAAUGGAAACAUUUUGCUGUAUAAUGAGAGUUUUGUCCCUUUUGUACCUUCUGACUCGAUGAAUAGAGACACAUGCUGGGCUGAGAAAAUGUAUGAAAUGAAAACUGAGCGUCUAGAGAAAACAUGGUAUAAAUAUGACUAGACUGUCUGGCUAGGGACAACACAAUGGUAUGAAUGUUCAGGUUGCGCUUGUAGUUUGUGAAUAAAAUAAAUGAUCCUGUCAUGGUUCUA